GAAGUACGUUUGUUUCGAAACAUGGAUUUUGUAAACAGACCAAAUGUCUAUAAUAUUUGAUUUGAAGUACUUACAGUAUUGCUUUUUAAAAAUUACACUGUGUGCAUUAAAUCAUCAUGCAUGCAAUCAUGCAUAAAAUUACACAUUCAUUGCAUUCGCAAUUAAUGACCAUUUAAAUUAUCCCACAGAUACAAGAAUACAUUUCAAGAUCAAUAUAACGCAAUAAAGAAGUACACUAAAUUGGUAGAAAACCUAGUUCCAAUACUUGAAACUAAACUUGAACAAUUAUUGAAGAAAAAUCCUGACAAGGAUACAGGUUGUUAUUCUGAUAACUUUGAUAAGAAUUCUUGGCAAGAAAUCCCAUUACAGAUAAACAAUUGCACGAAUCAAACGCCUUCGUUGAUAAAUUGGAGAUUUAAGUGAGUUGUCAACCUCUACACUCGGUGAUUUAUAAAGUAAUUUAAGUAUUACAACGUAUUUUGAUGUUUAAACAGAUCGGUAUGUGAGAUGUAUCGCACUGAAACUAAUUGUAUAUAAACAAAGAAACUGAUUUUCAUAUAAUGUCGAGACACCUCUGUAGCAUUCUGCCUUCUUAAUUACAAACUAUUGCAUUUUUAUCUGCAUAACAUUUUAAAUACUUAAAUUUUAUAAUGUGUAGAAUAAGUGAUAUUGUCAGCGUUGUUAGUAUAAUAAACGUAUUGUAAAUAUCUUAUAUGCUUCGCCAUCACUGAUGUUGGAAACUGGUACAAUAACCAUAAUUGGAAGACAAUUUUUUACAGCUGUGAAUAAAGCAAGGAAUAUGCUUUAUCUACGAUAUUUUUUAAUUCAUGAUAGGAUAAAUCUAUCGUUUGCAGGGUCGCAAAUAUGAUACAAUCACAUCAUAGUAAUUUCAUUACUGAUAUCUUAAAAAUAACAUGUAACUGGGAGAAUACAAAUGUUUAUGACUGUGGAAAAAUAUUGGAGGAAAAGUUGAAAGAAAAUUCACGCCAACAUGAUGAAAUACGCAAAGAAGUUUACGAUCUUCGGCUUCAUGAAAUACGCAAUCAUAAUACAUGUUUGAAGCAACACAAAUUGGGUAUACAUAUAGAGCUUCAAGCUCUGACUGUUAAUUUAGAAAAGUUUUUGCUCCAAGAGAAAUCAAAUUCAACUGAUUAUAUGAAAGAUUUGGUAGAUUUAGAAAACUUGAUUAAUGAAAUACAAACAUUCGCUAAAAUCAAACAUCUGCAAAACAAGAUCAAUCGAAGAUUUAACGAAUGCGAAAAGAUGUUACAAGACAGCAUCAGUACUUAUCAGGAUUCAUUUAACAGCAAAAUUUCAUAUUUACAUGAUAAAAACAAUACGUUCCUUCAAACAAUUAAGUGAGUGUAUACUGAAAUGUUAAAAUGUGGAGCCUUUUGUUUUAAUGCAUGUAUGUAAUUCUGUAGAUUAUUU